GGCCAUGGCUCAAGCACAUAAGCCUACCACAUUACUGUAUAUUCACCGUGGACUGAAGCGAGCAGCGGCGUUUUUCGGGCCUGUGAGAGGAGCUGAGAGGCCGCAGCCAUGUCUGAUAAAGGCCGCGAUGUGGAUUUAACCAGAGCCAAACAAAACACCGGCGUCUGGCUGGUCAAGAUUCCUAAGUAUCUGGCACAACAGUGGGGAAAAGCAUCUGGACGAGGAGAAGUUGGCAAACUUAAAAUAACUAAACAACAAGGAAAAACAGUGGUGUCAUUCAAUCUGAAUGAAGACCUCAGUGUGGUUGAACAUUCGGGGGAGAAGACCAUGUCAGUGCGAGCGCCCAGAGAGCAUCCGUUCACCAUGCAGACUGUGGGGGGCCAGACCCUGGCCGUCUUUACAGAGAACUCCUCAGACCAGAUUACACUUGAAGGCAUGGUGGUACAACGUGCUGAAUGCAGACCUGCAGUCAAUGAGAGCUACAUGAAGUUAAAGAAACUACAGAUUGAGGAAUCAAUGAAGCCGCUCCGGCUGUCUCAGCAGCUGGAGAAAGCAAUUACCACCAAUUACAAACCUGUGUCUAAUCACACCUAUAAUGUGGAAUAUGAGAAGAAAAAGAAAGAGGAAGGCAAGAGAGCCAGGGCUGACAAGCAGAAAGUUCUGGAAAUGCUCUUCUCUGCUUUCGAGAAACACCAGUAUUACAACAUUAAGGAUUUGGUGGAGAUCACUAAGCAACCUGUGAUUUACCUGAAAGAAAUUCUGCGUGAAAUUGGAGUUUACAAUCCCAGAGGGCCUCACAAAAGUACCUGGGAGCUGAAACCAGAAUAUCGCCACUACCAGGAAGAAGAAAAUGAAGAAGAAAAGAUGGUUUAACAUCUGACAUGGCUGCACUUACACUAAUGAAACAUCAUUUAUUUAUUUCAGUUUAUUUUAUUCUUGCCAGUUACUUUUGUUUGGACAACAGAUGCCAUUAGCAUAUUUGUUUUGUGUGCAUGAAAUAGGAUUGUUCUGAAUAGAAAAUGAAAUAAAUGUGAAUUUGCUUAA